AUAGGAGAGAGAGAGGUGGAUGUAGACAGUGAAUGGUAAUAAAGAGAAGGGAGACAAAGACUGAACGUCUUUAAGGAGAGAGAGACAGGCAGCUGGAAAGGAAGUGAGAUAUAUUUGUCCUACAGAUCCUUGACACCAAGAAGACCUCAUCUGUGUUCCUUUUGAAGAAAGGCUCCACUCCCACCCACUCACAGGUGCCCUUUGGGGUAGUUUACCAUGGAAACCAAGAUGGUGAUGCAAAGAAAGCAAGAAGAGCAGUCGUCCCAGAUGUCUCACAGCAUGCAGCUUUCCUCCCAGAUAAAGAAGCGGACCUUCACUUCCAGUGAUGAGGAUGCCUCCUACUCUGACUGGCAUCCCAUCAUUCCCGCUGAUCUGAUGUCUGUCAAAGAGAUCCUGAACAUAAAGAAUUCAUCCCGCCACAGGACUUGGGAAAUUCUGCAAGAAACAAUGGGUGCUGAUGAGGAAUAUGACAGAGAGAAGUGGACGUGGUUCGGAAAUGAGGCUGAGAGUGUGGAGAUCGACGUGAUCAGGAACCAGCAUGUGUUGCGCAGUCGUGUUGACAAAAUGGCUCUUCGCAGACAGGCAGAAAAGCAGCAAUCUGCCCACAUGAAGUACUUGGAGAGGCUGAGUCAGAAAGCUCCAGACUUUACGAUCCCUCUGAGAGCUCACACAGUCUGGGAGGGAAUGACAGUGAUCCUCUCCUGCAGUGUCCAGGGCUGUCCACCCCCAAAGGUUGAGUGGUACAAAGAUGGUGAACCGCUGAUAACAGCUUCCCAACCGUGGAAUUACAGCCUUCAAAAAAGUGGUGGCCUCUGGUUACUGGAGAUCAGAAGGUGCACUCGUGAAGACGCCGGCGAGUAUAAAGUGGUUGCCAGGAGCGCCCUGGGUGAAGCGACAACAUUUGCAACCUUAGUGGUAAACUCGUGUCAGGGAGCCGUGGCCGGUUCAGAGCACUCGCAGACCACCGGCUUGCAGCAGCAUAAAGAAGCCCAGUUUGACAUUUCCUUCCCCCCAUCCUGGGUGAAGGAGGGCAGCAGCCUCUCCCUGCAGUGCACCUUCACAUCGGCCCUGCUGCCUUUCCAGCAGGAUGUCGGCUGGUUCAGAGACGGUGUGCAGCUGCAGCAGUCCAACAAUGUGGACAUGAAAACGUUUGACGACAAGGCCGUCAUCACUAUGAUGGCUGCGCACAAGGAGAAUGAAGGGGUUUACAGUGCCAGACUGAGGACCAGGGACGGAUACGAGGAGCGCAGGGCCUUCGUCUACGUCAAAGACGCCUCGGCUGCAGUGCUGGGAGGUCCUGCCUCUCCUCUGGCUGUGGAGGUAUCCGAUGUCAACAGGGACUACGUCUUUCUGACCUGGCAGCCGCCCAGCGCUGAUGGAGCAUCACCGGUGGAGGGUUAUUAUGUGGAGAGGUGUGACCUCAGUCAGGGAGAGUGGGUGUGCUGCAAUGUGCAGAUUCAUAAAAUGUGCCACUUUCCCGUGUUUGGCCUGAAGGAAGGAGCUCUGUACCAGUUCAGAGUCCGUGCCGUGAACAAAGCCGGGACGGGACGUCCCUCCAAAGUCACGGAGCCCAUCCUCACUGCAGACCCUCUUGAACACACCAGGACAAUGGUGGUCAAAGUGGACAGAGGAAGGACCAUCACCAUUACAAAAGAUGAACUGGAAGGUCGGGUCAAAGCUCCUUUUCCUCCCACAGACGUCCGCGCCUGCGAGCUGAGCGACACCUACGUGGUGCUGAGCUGGACCGAGCCUGAACCCCGAGGCAGGGAGCCGCUGACCUUCUACGUGGAGCGGUCAUUGGCAGGGAAGAACAGCUGGGAACUGGCCAGUCUGGACAUGGUGGUGAACUCUCCCAGGUUCCCAGUGUUUGAUCUGGUCAAAGACAAGCAGUACUGCUUCAGAGUGCGCUCCGUCAACAAGUACGGUGUCAGCGACCCCUCGGACCCGAGCGCACCCAUUUCACUCGGAGAGCCACAAGCCGUGCCGCCUCCACCUCACUCAGUCAUGGCUAUUAGAGACACCGACACCUCGGUUUUGCUGCAGUGGCAAGAACCCAAAGACAAACUCAACAUCCUGGGAUAUUAUCUGUACUACAGCGAGGCUGGAAAACAGGAGUGGAAAACGGUCAACAACAAACCUAUAACAGCAACCAGGUUUAUAGUUCACGGCCUGAAGACUUGGAAGGAGUAUGUGUUUAGGGUGAAGUCUGUGAGCCGAGCAGGAAACAGCAGAUAUUCAGACGGGUCUCACCCCAUCAUGGUCAAAUCAGCUAUCAACGUUCCGUCCUCUCCCUCUGCUAUUGCCCUGCUGCUGUGCACCGGAUCGGAGAUGGUCCUGGGCUGGAGGGCUCCUUCCUCUAACGGCGGAAACCCUGUCCGCGGCUACUACCUGGACCAGAAGGAGAAGGGCACGGAGACCUGGAGAGAGGUCAACGUAAAACCUGCUAAAGAGAAGCAGCUUAAGGUGUCGGACUUAAAAAGUGGACAUUUCUACCAGUUCCGUGUCUUUGCUGCCAAUGCCGCCGGCAUCGGGAAGCCGUCUGACGCUAGUGAAGCAUUCCUCUGUGAGAAGUGGACGAUGCCAGAACCAGGUUGCCCGUAUGACCUGGAGUUCAGGGAGGUGAGAGACGGUUCCCUGGUGCUCCUAUGGGCGGCUCCGCUCUAUGAGGGUCAAAGUCCGGUCACUGGCUACGUGCUGGAAAUCAGCCAGGGUAACCAGUCAGACAACUGGACAAUUCUGACCGCAAAACCGAUUUCUGAAACUCAUUACAAGGUGACGGGUCUGGAGACUGGUCACACCUACUGCUUCCGCGUGUCCGCUGUUAAUAAUGCAGGUGUUGGUCGUGCUUCCCUGCCCUCUGAGCCGGUCAUAGUUCAGACCCAACCAGGCACCAAAGAGAUUACGAUCGGCGUGGAUGACGAUGGGUUUAUAUUUCUGGGCUAUGAGGCUGUUGGCAUGAAUGAGGAGAGCGAGUUCCUGUGGAGCAAAAAUUUCACAGAACCCACUGAUUCUCAGAGAACGAAAGCAGAAACCAGACAGAACAGAUCAGUUCUCACCUUCACAGACCCGUCUGAAGAGGAUCUGGGUCUCUACACUGUGGAGCUGAGCGACAAUCCUCACCUGUCAUCCAGCUACGAUUUUACAGCUGAAGACCUCGAACACCUGAAAGAACUCAGCUGGCAGGUCCGAAAUCCACUGAUCGCGCUGAAGUCCGCCUGGCAGGUGGAGGUGUCUGAGCAAGGCAGCGUGCGCCUCUGGCUUCAAACCGAGAGUCUGAGCAGUUCUGCUGAGCUCCGUCUUGUUUUCAACGACCGGGAAAUCUCCAGCACUCCACGCUGUAAGAUAAACUUCGACAGGGCCAAAGGUCUGGUGGAGAUCCUAUUUGAUCAGCUCUCCCAGGAGGACGAGGGCUCGUACACCGCUCAGCUGAGGGACGGGCGCGCCAAGAACCAGUGCACUUUGGUCUUUGUGGAUCAAAAGUUUCGUGAGAUUCUGGCCUUGGCUGACUGGAAACGACGGGACAUUCAGAGAAAGGCUGGGCCUUAUUUCAAGGAGUUCUUGACAUGGAGUGUGAAUGAGGAUUGUGAAUUAACUAUACAAUGCAAGGUGACAAACACAAGUAAGGACACGUCCUUCAAGUGGUUUAAGGAUGGUGUGGAAAUUAAAGACAUUGCUUAUGAUCAGACGUCUGGGGUCAGCUCACUCACAAUCCCACAGGUGACAAAGAAAGAAGCUGGUUCGUACAGAGCUGUGGUGUCGGACAGCCGAGGAGAAGAUGUCAGCACCUUGGAUCUGCUGGACGAUGAGUAUGACAAGCUUCUGAAACAGCUGAGUGAACAAUGCGCGUUGUCAGCUGGUCCGCUGCGGAUUGAGAGCACGGCUGAAGGUUUCAAGAUCUACUCCUCCCUCAAAUACUACAUUAACUUCCUGAAGACAAGCUGGUACUUCAAAGGGAGGAAAAUUGACCAGGAGGCCAGGACAAAGCCUGGUAGCAGCAUGCAAAAAGUCUGGGUAGAAAUCUUAAACCCAACGGAGAAUGACAAAGGCGAAUACACCUUGGAGAUGUUUGACGGAAAAGAGACGCACAAACGGUUUUAUGAACUAUCCACAGAUGCGUUUACCAAAGCCUUGCUGGAGCACCAGAGGUUGAAGCAACUGGCCUUUGCUGAGAAAAAUCGUGCCAGAGUGAUAAAAGGUCUGCCGGAUGUUGUAGCCAUCAUGGAGGACAAGUCUCUGUGUCUUACAUGCUUCAUUGAUGGCGACCCAGCUCCUGAGGUCUUCUGGCUUCGCAAUGAUAGAGAAAUCCUUGAUCAGACUCAGUUUACCAUCACUAAGGAGUCCAAACGCACCUCCAUUACUGUCAACAAGGUCACCACGGAAGACUCUGGAAAGUACAGCAUCUUUGUGCGCAACCAGUAUGGCUCUGAAACUGUUGACGUGACCUUGAGUGUGUACAAGAAGGGCGAGAAGCCUCCAGCUAAUGCAGUGGAGUUGGGUUAGAUCUGCAAACAGGAGGAAUCCCAUGCUUCAAAUUCAGUUUGAAGGAAUUCAGUUUUUUUUUUUUUUUUUAGAAACCUUUGCACAAAAUAUACGAUUUACAAACACAUUUAUACCCCUAGAACAGUUCCUAUGGUUUUUCAUGUUAUGAAGACUAUUUUAUGCAUGUUAAUAGAGCUUCAUGUUACAGAUCAACAAAAAGUAAGGCAUAAUGGGAAUAUGGAGAAAAAAAUAUACAUGGUUUUCAAAACUUCUUCCUUACAAGUUAAAGUCUGAAAGGUAUGACAUACAUUUCUAUUCAACACCCCUGAGUCCAUGCCUUGUAAAGUCAGCUUUUGCUGCAAUUAAAGUGUCUUAGGAUGUGCCAGAACAUCCCAGUCAGAUUGGAUAGGAGACCAUUUACGAAUUCCUUUUUUUGCAAGUGUAUUCACAGAUUCUCAUUUUUAGCUACUUCUGAACUUUGGGCUUUUUUAUCCAUCAGCAAGCUUGGAUCUAAACCAGGGGUGUCAAACUCCUGUCCUUUGAGGACCAGUGUCCUGAAACCUAUUGGAUUUCACCCAAAUCUAACAGACCAGAAUAAAAUGGCCCAAUAAUCUCCUCAUGCACUCAGGUUCUACAGAGUCCUGCUAAUGCGGUAGUGGUGGCCUGGUGUAGUGGUUAGAGAGCAGGACACUUUCAACCUGGAGAGGCAGCAAGGUCCCUGGUUUGAAUCCCACAGACUAUCACUUUGGGUCCCUAAGCAAGACCCUUCGCCUCAGAAGGCUUCCCGGGCAAAAGACAAAGGACAAAUUUAAUUGGAAUAUAUGUUGAGAUUACAUUGCAUACAGCUACAGUGUUUAUUAAUACAAAUUUACAGUUAGUUGUUUUUUUUUUUCAAAGAUGUGUUGGUCUAUCUAAAAUGGACCAACACAUCUCAGCAAUCAUAAAUCGGGGCUAGCAAAGAUAGCAUUUCUGGAAGAGGUACACAAACAAACACACACACACACACCAACCUCAUGGUUGAAAGUGUUCUGACAUACUGUUUAUCAGUGUGAUAUCCCAGUUGCAGUAUGUCAGGAAAAAAAAAGGCUCUGUAGAAGAACGUUAAAGCUACUGAGAAGGACCGCUCUGCUUAAGAUAUCUUUCAAAACUUCUGCAGAUGCAGGGCAUUUAACAUCAUCAAGGACCCCUCACAUCCAUUCAAUGAAUUGUUCAAAAUGCUGCAAACCAGCAAAUGGUUCGACAAUAUAUGUUGUGUGUUUCCUAUUGUUUUGUUGUUCUGGUUUGAGUUGUUUAUUUAGGUCAGGUUAACUUAAAUAAAGGAUUUUAUCACUAUUUAGCAGAAGCUAGCAUAGCUUGAAUAGAAAACCUCCAUUAGCUAAGCAAGAUUUAUAUUUUGGAGAUUAUGUUUAGCUUUGUUUUACUCCAGAAUAGGAAAAUACCAUAUUUAAUCUUUUUAUUGGUUAGUCUAGAUAAAUUAUUAUAAGUUGGUUGUGUUAAUGUUGCAGUUCCUUUUAGCCUUUUAGUCUGAAGAUGAACUUCAUCUACUGGAGUUUUUGGUUAAACAGAUGUAUUGUUUGUCUGUGUUGUUUUCAAUAAAGCUAUUUACAAUUACUGUA